AUGUUUCUUGGCACCUGCGGGGUUCUUUUUUGGAAAACAAAGAAGCACGGGCCGCGAAGAUGGGAUGUCCAAGUGAAGAAUGCUGAGAUGGAUUGCUCUGAUCAUAGACAGAGCAAGACAGAGAGCUACAAAGGUAAUGAUGCUUCUAAUGGUUUCUUGUCGUCUCUGUGUAAUUCGAAUUUGUCAAAUGAAGGGAGCUCCAAAUCUAAGAAAGAGAGCUCUAGAACAUGUGAAGCUAUAAAGAACAGGAAUUUGGUCGCGGACGGGAAGGCUAAGGCUCAUCAUCAAAGAAGUGUUUCGCUUGGGAACAUCUGUAAAUCUCCUCAGAAUUUCAAAGAUGGCCAAGCAAUUGAAGCAAGGCCUAAAAACCAUGUAUUAGGCCUUGGAAGAUGUCAUUAUGGGCAUGGAAACAUUAUAAGGAGGGUCAAUGUGGCUGCUGGCAAUAAGAGCAUGCCAAAAGCUCCAAAUUUCUUAAGUUCACAAUCUUCUUCUCCAUACCAUGAGAGUGUGGAAGGGCUUAACAACAUGGGUAAUAUGGAGUACAGAAGGGCCAGCUUCUUGGACGCGAUUUCUUUUUAUGAUAGAGCUAUUGCCUUGUGCCCUCAAAAUGCUGCCUGCCAUUACAAUAAGGCUGCAUCAUUGAUUGGCCUAGGCAGAUUAACAGAAUCAAUGGAAGAGUGCCUGCAAGCAAUCAAAUGUGAUCCUUCGUGUUCUCGUGCUCAUCAUCGACUUGGAAUUCUUUAUGCCAGGUAUUUGCUGCCACUUGGUUAUGCUAUUUCAGUUCCUGCAAAUUACAAUAGGCCUGAAAAUUUAAUUUUGUUUCAGAUUUCAGCAAGGGGUGCUCACCGCAAAGAGAAAGCUGUCGAUUUGGACACAACCCAAAAGUCUCUGAAGUGGCUGAGGAAAGCUAGGGGAGCUGCUGAUGCUCGAAAAGCUGGAAAUGCUCUAUUUAAAGAUGGGAAGUACUUGGAGGCAUGCACAAAGUAUGGCCAUGGCCUGCAAUAUGUUCCAACAAAUAGUGUCUUGCUUUGCAUUCAAGCGUCUUGCAAGUCUAAGCUUGAACAAUGGGAAAAGGCCACUGAUGAUUGCGAUGCAGCUCUGAGAGAACGGCCUAAUUAUCACAACGCACGACGCUACCAGUGA